AUUUGUGCCUGGCCGCACAAAGUGUUACUUUCAAGUUGAGUGAGGAUCGACAUGAAGUAGGGCAAAUCUUGAGCCAAAAAGAGAUCGCCACCAUGUCUACGCCUACUUCUCGCGUUUUGGUGGCAGCUUCACCUAAUAGCCCAAAUUACGGCAAUCAAGCUCACACUGAAGGUGUUAAACAACUUCCUAAUUCACCUUCUGCUCGUUUAUUGGCAGGUCAAAUCACAUCGCCAGUUGCUCAUUCUCGUUUACAUGAUGCAUCAAAUGCAGCUCCAGCCGGUGCAGAUGAUAGCAAAGGAAGCUAUCGUAGUUUCAAAAGGUUCGAAGGCUUGACAGGAUGGGAAAGAGAAAUGGUAGAUAGUGCAGAAGUACGCAGGAAAGCACAAGUGGCACAAUUAUACUUUUUGAAUCAUUAUUUUGAUUCUUUACGUUAUAUCUCGGAUCGUCGUAACCGAACAGAAGCAUUCAAAGCACGAGCAGGAGUUACAAACCUUGCCAAAGCAAGAGAACAAAAUCAAGGCGGAACAGAACUUACAUCUUAUUUGGGUCGUGAACGUGCACAUCUCCGUAAACGACGAGCAAAGCUUCGUUUGGCUUCUUUCCACAUCAUCACACAAGUUGGUCAAGGUGGUUAUGGAGAAGUAUUCUUGGCAAGAAAGCGUGAAACAGGAGAAGUUUGCGCUCUGAAACGGUUACGCAAGAAAGUAUUGGUCAAGAUGGACGAAGUACGACACGUUUUGACAGAGCGUGAUAUCCUAACAGCAACCAAAACACCUUGGCUCGUUCGUUUGCUAUAUGCAUUCCAAGAUACUGAUCACGUCUUCCUCGCAAUGGAAUAUGUACCAGGAGGAGACUUCCGCACCCUUCUCAAUAACUCUGGUGUUUUGCGGGAAGAACAUGCUCGAUUCUAUGCAGCAGAAAUGUUUGUUGCAGUGAAUGAACUUCAUGCACUAGGAUAUAUCCAUCGUGAUUUGAAGCCUGAAAACUUCUUGGUCGACUCUACUGGACAUAUCAAAUUGACCGAUUUCGGAUUAGCUGCUGGUGCAUUGAAUCCUACCCGCAUCGAAUCAUUAAAGACAAGACUAGACGCUGUCAAAGAUACCAACUUGAUCUACCGUACACCUCACGAACGCUCUAGCUUGUACAAAAAGAUGCGAGCUCAAAACGUUGCACAUGCCGAUUCCAUCGUCGGAAGUCCUGAUUACAUGGCACCUGAAGUUCUUCGCGGAAGAAAUUACAACAUCAGCGUGGACUAUUGGAGUUUGGGCUGUAUCCUUUUCGAAUUUUUGUGUGGUUUUCCACCAUUCAGCGGUGGAAGUCCUGAUGAAACAUGGACAAACCUGAAAAAUUGGGAAAAAGUAUUACAAAGACCAGUAUACGAUAAACCACAAGAUUUGCAAUUCAAUUUAACAGAUGUUGCAUGGGAUGCGGUUACCCGUUUAAUCGAUCAACCACAAAGAAGAAUUACAUCUUUACAACAAAUUCAAGCACAUCCAUUCUUUGCUCCUUUGAACCUUUCCGAAUUGCGUUCGCUACGCGCUCCUUUUGUUCCUCAAUUGGAAUCAGACGUUGAUACAGGUUACUUUGACGAUUUUGAAAAUCCAGACGAUAUGAAAAAAUACAAAGAAGUUCAAGAAAAAGCCAGAAAUGUAGAAGAAAAAGUCAGUGGAGGUGCUUCAGCUGCUGCCGAAAAUGGAUCAAGAGGCUUAUGGGUCGGUUUCACUUUCGGCAAGAAUGAGAAAACCAAAUGGGAAGAUGAAGACGCACGCACAAACGGAAAGAAGAAUCAUGCAAGAGAUGCAAGUGAUGUGUUUGCUACCAUGUUCUGAUCAGCUCAUUUCUUACCCUACUAUAUUUUAUACCGUAAUCUUCUCCUAAGGAACAUCUGUACAUAAUCUAUUAUUCCCCCUUCUGACGUAUCUUUCCACUUACAGUGAUAUCCAGUACUUAUUCUUAUAACAUUUUCCACCGGCGUACUUUGUGUGAACU